AUUGGGGCAACAUAACCUCUAUCAAGCAGCUGUACCUCUGUGAGUCGUCGGAUCUAGGUUUAUUAGAAGAUUGGAGAAAACAACAAUAUUAAAAAAUGGUGUUCCAUUGUUCUUUUCCUGGUUGCCCCAAGGAAGCAAGGUUCCAGUUUCCCCCAGCGACUAAAGGUGCGGCAGUUCGCCAGAAGUGGCUGGACUUCGCCGGAAUUAAAUUCGUAGAACCAUUCUCGACGAGAGGUCUGUGCGAAGAUCAUUUUACUCCAGAUCAAUUUCUCAGGGAACGUGCAGAAACAGGGUCGAAUUUGAGCAGAACCAGGCUGAAGUAUAGAGCUGUUCCAACAAUCGGUGUUGUUAAUGUGACGAACCCGGUGGCAGAUCCACAACCCGUUGCCACGAGUGCGGAAAAACGCGCCCGAUCGAACUCAUCGAAUGCAGAAGACAUUGAAAGAAUCAAAAAAACUUAUUUUCGUGUUUCGCUCCAAGACCUUGGUAGUACCUCUGCAAAUUCCGAUAUCGAUCAAAAAAAAGAAGAGUAUGAUUGUUCAACUGCAAGGCAAGACCAUACAUAUCAUUCAACUGAAGAGGUCGUGUCAGGCGGUACGGUUUGCCAUGAACAUGCAUCACCGCCCGAAAUUGAAGAAAUACUUCCAGAAAUGUUUUUCGCUUCCGAAGUUAUUCUCUCAGGCUCACGAAGUCAAGCGACCCAAACUGACCCAACUAGUAUAGACAAAUCUACCCAGACAGAUUGUAGGGUUCGGCAUUAUGCAACUCAAACAAAAAUUUCCUUCGCUUACAGUAUCCAUAGCUGGCGAAAGAACAGGACAAUAAUUACGUACUUCACGAGCCUAGAGAACUACCAACAAUUUAAAAUUGUCUUGGCAUCACUUGGUCCAGGGGCACAUUACCUCAAAUACAAAGACUGGAAACCCCAGGGUGUCUCGGUCGAGGAUCAGCUCUUCAUAACUCUGUGGAAGUUGCGACGCAAUUCAACUGACUUGGAAUUGUCUUUUUAUUUCCAGAUAAGUAAACCUGCUGUCAGCAAUAUUCUUCACGCGUGGAUUCCAUUCAUCGCUUGUCAAUGGCAGCGCCUGGAUUGUUGGCCGAGCCGCCAACUUGUCGCCUAUUUCAUGCCAGAUUGUUUCAAGAAUCGUGAUCCUCCAGCUGAAGCAUCGUAUGUUGAAAGGACUCGUGAUAACGUGGAAGUAGCUGGGACUUCGACGGGGACUGAUGAGCCAAGUGCUAGUACAUCCUCUGGUGGUUCUAAUGCUCAGGAGAUUCUGGCGCGUCUCGGUGUGCACCUGGAGAUGCCACAAGUGGAAGACCAACAUCGGUCAUGUACAAGAGACUCCCAGGAUAAAGGCGGUAAAAAAUGGACGCCUGGUAGCUUUGAACGACUCAUUAAUUCUAUGAAUCAGUUUAUGAUAUUGAAGAAGGAUUUGAGCGGUGGCUACGCUAAGUUCGCGGAGGAAAUUGUCUCUAUUUGUAUGAUAUUGUGUUGCUUUCGAGACUUUCUGACCAACCGAGGAGAUUCCUCAUAGUACCAACUAUUUUUUACCGGAGAGAGAGAGAAAUAUUAAAGAAAAAUUAACAGGAAAAAUACGUGAAAAUCACGUUUCGAAAUGACACUGAGGGGGAAACUAAAUGCAAUAAAGACUGUUAGGAAGGCCGGAAAUUUUACGUUUCUGGCGGAUAAACGUGACGAAUUUUGGAAAAAGUUGGCAUCUGGGUUAUGACUUAUGAUGAGAGAAGACUCUACGUACCUGAUGUGUAAUUUUUACUGAAUGAUAAUUUUUUAUACAAGCAAAGAAAAAGAAGAAGGUUGCUUCAAUAUUUAUUUCUGUAUCGCAUUUGAAAAAAUAAGUUUAUCAAGGCAUUAAUUCAUCACGAUACUGACAUCUCCUUUGGGGUUGGAAGGAUGAGAGGGAUGAGAAGCCAGUCACGGAUUCAAGUCGGAGAUCUUGCCAUGACAGAGAUAUGACGUCAUUGUAAUUGUACUUAAAAUUUUAUACUUGAUUUUCUGUUUUUACAAUAACUUUCUUCUGUUGUUAAUGACAUUUGUUGCGUCACCACGGCGCACACGAAUUUUCCUCUAGCUAUCAGUUGUCCGCGUCCGACACGAUUGUCUGACAAUGCACGAUAAACAGUGAAGUCAUCAUAGCCAAUGCAUCUUUGAAAAUUUACGGAUUCCUAUCUUAUACGGAUGUUCAUCGCACAUGGCGGAUUUAUGGAGAUAAUCGGUUACCUCAUAGCCAUAAUCGAUCAUUCAAGCAUCAAUUAUUCCAUUGGCUAUUGGUUAAUCGAUUAUUUAAUAGUCGAUAAUUUGAUAAUUGGUGUUUGGACAAUUGGUCAUUUUUAUAAAGAAAAAGUCAACGCAAAAGGACAUUAACGACGCGGUCGUAGUGGCACUAAUAGUAGUAAAACAUGUGUGCUAGUUCCGUGUAAAAUAGUGAAUUUUCAAAAAAAUCUCAAUUUAAAGAUUCAGAAAUUUGCAAUAAUUCUCGCAGCUUUAGUUAAAUUUUAGGUGCAGCAAAAAAAUUACAUUUUCCGUAUUUCACUGGCAGAGAAAAUUUACUGAUAAUUUCAUUUAUUAUCCUCUGAAUAGACGAUCAACCAAUCAAUGAUUGAUUGAUUAUCGUUGGUAACCGUUCUGUAUUAUAAAAGACCAAAUCGACAAUAUUUUUGAAAUUUAUGUACAAAAAAUGAUAUUGUAAUUUAAUAAGAAAGUAAGAUUAGAAAAGAUUAUGUAAAUAGGUAAUUUCUUAGUAUAUAUUUUUCUCCGUUGAAUGCUGUUGAGGAGUAAUGUGUUCUUAAAUGUAAACUUGAGUAAAUCAGCUGUAUAUUCUAUUAAUCAGAUUGUUUAUAUCAAAUACAGAACCAAAGAGCCUGAGGCAUUUUCUAAGUUCUCGACUUUGAAGUCUAUUAGU